AUGCAUACUCCUUCCCUUAUAGCGGUCACGGUGGUGGCGCUUUCGACGUUCGCCAGUGCUGAGGUAGAAAGACCUAGAUUUUAUUUUCCCAGACAGAUAAAGCGCCAGCUAUUUACAAACUCGACGACCACGUUUACACCACCACAGACAAGUCAGGAAUCUACCAGCCAGGAAACGACGAGUCAAGAGACGACAGCUCUCCCCACGAUUCCAGUUGCGCAGACGUCGAUAACAUCAUCGCGAUCUUUAUCGGACAUAUUAGGCUUCUCAACAACUAGUGCCAGACAGGAGCCCCCAUCUGCUCCUGGAACAACAACAACGUCUGCUGGGACAACCGGAAUCUCCUUUUUUGAUUCUGCUUUGGCUCCAAUAUUUCCGACGAGUGGAAGAUCUACCAGUGCUGCAUCCGCAAGUCAGACUGAUAGCGCUGUUUCUUCAGACCCAACUUCAUCUGAUGUGACCCCAGGAUCAACUGGAAUUCUUCCACCUGUAGUUGUUGUGCCAACAGUAGCUACGAGCGCUACUUCCACCGCCGAAUCCUCAAGCCCAAAUCCAGAAACUUCAACCGGUGGAAUUACUUUUGGUCCAGGUGGCAUAUUGACCUCAUCCGCGGAAUCAACGUCGGCGGCAGACUCGACCUCUGACUCUGUUGUGGUUGUUCCAACACUUACCCCAUCUACUGAACCCGAGUCAAUCACAUCUGGAAUCACAGGAACAGGAACGGGAACUGCACCAGAGGUCACCCCAACACCCACGCCAAGCACGGUCGAAACUAGUCAAGUCGUUGUUCCUACUCAAUCGCCUUCUAGCACUGAGGCAGUUACCACAGCAGCACCGGAAACGACUGCUGCUCCAGAGACUACCGCUGUUCCAGAGACGACCCCAUUGGCCAGUCUCAUCUCCAGCCUCUCAAGUGACAUUAGCGAUAUCAUUCCAACGAUUGUCCCUACUCUCACUUCUGAUCCAGUCACUGUCCCAACUGCGGAGCCAACCACGACCAGCGAUGUUCCAACAGUAAUUCCAACGACCAGUGCCGAGUUGCCAAUUACCACGGAUAUUCCAACGAUUAUCCCAACAACCACUGAUCUACCAAUUACUACGGAUAUUCCAACGAUCAUCUCAACCACGGACUUGCCAAUCACUACCGAUCUUCCUACCAUCAUUCCAACGACGACUGAUUUGCCAAUUACCACUGACAUCCCCACCAUCAUCCCCACGCCAACGUCGGACUUGCCAAUUACCACUGACAUCCCCACGAUCAUCCCAACGCCAACGUCGGACUUGCCAAUUACCACGGAUCUUCCAACGACCAUCCCAACCACCGAUAUACCAAUCACUACUGAUGUUCCUACGACCGUCCCAACUACUGACUUGCCAACUGAUGUUCCAACCACCACCCCAACUGAUGCUACAUUGCCAACAAUCACCACCGAGCCACCGAUCACCACCCCGACAAUCACCACUGAUGGACCGAUCACAACCGAGCCACCGAUCACUACUCCGACAAUCACGACAGAUGGGCCGAUCACCACUGAGCCACCAACCACUACCCCUUCAAUCACAACGGAUGGACCGAUCACCACAACUGGUCCUUCUGAUACCGUGAUAACUAGUCCAACCACCACUGGCCCUAGCGAUACCAUAACCACUCCAAGCGUCACAACCACCCCUACUCCAUCUGUGACUGAUGAUACCACCAUAACCGGGCCUACUACCUCGCCCACGAGCGUGAUCACCACGCUUCCUGAUACCACAACGGCCCCAACCACUAUUUCUGACCCUACCACAACCGGUACCGUCACGAGCGACUCCACAGGAUCGACCACUGGCUCUGGAACAUCAGUCAGCGAUACCACUCUUCCAACAACGACAGGUCCAUCCACAGCUGUGUCAACUGAUGCCUCCACAAAUGAUACCACAUUGGCCCCAUCAACAAGCGUCUCAACAGGUUCAGAAUCUACCGGUAUUGCAACCACAAACGAUACCCUUCCAACUGCUACCGCGACUACGCCUACCGCUGUUUCUCCAACUUCGGAAGCUCCAACUACAACAGCUGUGCCCAGCUCAAGUGUACCUACCGUUGCUCCAGUUACAAGCGUCGUUCCAACCGCAAGCGACAGUGCGACGUCGAUGUGGCUACCAACCACCUUGAUCGCAGCACCAUCGUCUACCAGCACCUCAGGCCAAUCAUCUGCACCACAAACCACCGGUAUCAGUCCAACUCUCCCGAAAGUCAUCCAAAAUCCAAAUGGCAACAUUCCACAAACAGUGCCAGAGGGUCAGACCAAGAUUCAGAUUGGUUUCGUCUUUGCUCUCAACUACCCAUUCAUCGUAGCAACCCCAUUGUCUUCUGCUCAGAUUUUCAAGUACCUUCCUCAAGGAAUUGCCGAUGGUCUAGGAUUAGAUAUUGAUCAAGUCACCAUCCAGAGCUUAGCUCCUCUCGACACCACGGCCCAAUUGGGUUUCAUUACCACCUUGGCUAUGGCUUACAUUCCCACGAGCUUGGUUGAAAGUUUGAGCCUCGAUCUUCACAUUCCGACCUCUGCGAUCUACAAGAACGAUGAUAACAGUGUUCAAACUUUGGUGAACUACAUCAACCCUGCUAUCCCAAUCACUCCUGGUUCAAACUUGGAUGGUUCAGGAAGCAGCAGCGGUCCAGGAGCUUCCCCAUCAUCUCCAGGUGGUGGCUCAUCGAACAAUGAUGGAGCCUUCAAUACUGACAACCAGAACCAGUCAUCAUCGGUCAAGGGUACGACAGCUGGUAUUGCCAUGGCUGCCAUUGGUGGAUCUGCCGCCUAUGGUGCUGCCAUGUUCUUGAUCGCACGUAGAUACAAGAAGCGUAAGCAAAGCCAUCGUAGAUCAAGCUCCCUCAUGGGCCCAGAGAUGAGAUCAGGAAGCCCAGCUCUUAUGGGUGGAGCCAAUGCUUUCAUGUCUGGAGGUCGCGUCUCACCAGGUGGAACCAUCACCAAUGAUCGGAAUAGUAGGGGAAGUGGCCGAACUGGAAACUCGGCACGAACACAACAAAUCUCAGCACCGAUGAUGGCAGAGAAUUCUCUCGGCUGGAAUUAG